CUGCAACUUUCGAAGUGUGACGGCCGUGAUUUACUACUACAGGCACGAGACCUGCGGCUUUCCAGACUCAGAAAAUUCCCAACCUUCCGUUGCCUUCCGAGACCUCGAAGCAGUGUAUUCUUCACCAUGGCCGAUACCACCGAUCUGCCCGCUGCCCCGGUGGCACUCUUCAAAAAGAGAGGCGCAAAGGCAAAGGCGAACAUCAGGAAGCGGCCAGCAACGCCACCUCCAGCCAACAGCGACAGCGACGACGACUACACAUCUUCCGAGGACGAAGCCGGCCAACGGGUCAAGCGGCGCAAGAAGACCGCCGCGGUCAAUGCCUCGUCGCGGGACAACAAACCUGCGGCCGCCCAUUCCUCCGCCACGGUCUUCGAGGCCGAUCGCAGCGUGCCGAUCACCAGCACCAACGAUGCCACCAAGCAGUCCAACUGGUACGACGAGGACGACGCUGCUCUGCUCGGCAAGACGCGGCCACUUCCCGGCAGUUCACAAACGACGAAAGAUAGCACCGGACCCCAGGGACCCGACGGUACCUACAAAGGCCUCGCCAACCAGGCCAAAUACAUCGCCAAGAACCCAGACGCCCCCAACAGGACGGUAGGCCCGAUCAAGGCUGCCACCAACAUCCGCACCAUUACCGUCACCGAUUUCGCGCCCGAUGUGUGCAAGGACUACAAGCAGACGGGCUUCUGUGGAUUCGGCGACAACUGCAAGUUCCUCCACGCUCGAGAGGCCUACCAACAGGGCUGGCAGCUCGACAAGGAGUGGGAAAAGGUCAACAGGGGCAAGAAGAACAUUUCGGGCACCGUCAUGGCCAGUGCCGAUCGCUCUGCCAAAACCGAGGAUGAUGGCGAGGAUGCGGCCGAGGCCGCCCUGCUCGAGAAGAUUCCCUUCGCGUGCAUCAUCUGUAAAGGGCCGUACAAAGAGCCCAUUGUCACAAGGUGCGGCCAUUAUUUCUGCCUGCCAUGUGCCUUGCAGCGGUAUCGGAAAGACCCAAGCUGUGCAGCCUGCGGGGCGGGCACAAGUGGUGUAUUCAACACCGCGAAAACCUUGAACAAGCUCCUCGAUAAGAAGCGACAGCGUGAGGAGCGUCUGAAGGCAGAGGCAGAUGAAGACGCCCCAGCUUGAGCUGAAAGAGCAUCCUCGAAUAGCAAUCCCAUGUGUGUCCCUAGCCGAUUGUAAAAGCGAAGGGACCUACACCAUUCUUGAGCAGUGCCCAGUCUGCACACCGGCCGCGACGUCUCUCGCUAGAAACGCGAACGGCUGGUGUCCCAGCCUCGGGCCUCUUACGAGCAAUGAAGUUCCACGCCACAACUCUACGCCCUUUCACGG